AGUAGCGUUGGGAGAAAGAGAGGGUUGGCGGAGGCCAGGGAGACUUACUUGUGGCGCCAUAGCUCCAGCUUCGUCUUCAAUCUACCUGCAACAAGGCGCAAAUGUCCCCUCUUCUCGCCCGAUACAAUGACAAAAGGCACUAUUGCGAUAUCACAGAUCUUCCGAAGUCUCUGCAGACGCCUGCAAAGGAAAUUCGAUUGUUACACUUAGGGGCAGAGAUCAACUCUUUGGAACCCCCUGAGCGCCUCGAGAACGGACUCGGAAUCAAGAUCGCCACGAAACCCGUGUCGUGGCAGGACAUUCAAGAUAGGGUGACGCCUGAAGAACACAUGGUCAUCCGAGAAGAGGAUGUGCAAAUGAUGGCCAUGGUGUUCUCCUGGCGAUCCGAUAACUCAUUCAUCUCCGCGCCCCCACCGGAAAAUACUAAGCGAAUGAAUACGAAACACAUCGAUGUGCGGAUAAGGGACGAGUCAUACGAGUUGCACGUACCUCGAUACGUACCUGACGAGAUCCACCACCUAAUCGCUGACAUCCUGAAAGAAUACAGAGGAGCGAUUAGUGUGACAAACACAGACAUUGGACUGUCAUUAGUUAUACAGCACGAAAUCCAGACGGGAAACCAUUCCCCAAUUCACUGCAAGCCUUACAGGCUUACGUGGACAAGGGACGAGGAACACUACGAGUGGUUUGAGUGCUUGGAGUUGAUGAUCAUCCAGGCCUGUAGGACAAACGUGGAGGGCGAUCUUCUCGGGUUCCUCUUCGGAUCGAUACGCCCCGGUCAUCGCCAGCUGAUCGUGCAGGAACUCGCGGUCCCCCUUGCGCAGUUGGUUGACGACCUCCCUGUCGAGAUCGUCUCACAGAGCGAUGAGAGCCCAGUCCCGCACGUCCUCGCACGGACUUUGACGCCGUACCUUCAGUGGUCAGCGUGCCUGGAGGAGCCGGGAAGCAGCCGUAACCCGCCAUCGCAGCGGGAUUAUCUGGACCCGCGGGAGAUCAUCGAUCUCGCCUUCUUCCAGGACCGAGCGGGCUCCGAGGAUGAAGAGAUAGAGAUAAAAGAAGAAGAAGAAGAAGAAGAAGAAGAAGGAGAAGAAGAGGAAGCUGCUGAAGAGGACGAGGAAGAAGAAACCCCGGAGAAAGGUAGUUAUAGUGAGCACAGUGAGGGAGAGCAGAGUGAAGAGGAGGAAGAGGACGAGGAAGAGGAGGAGGAGCUAGAGCUGGAGGAGUCUGAGUGGGAGAUCUCGGCGGAGGAAGCAGAGCAGGCAAACACUCAGGUGGAAGACCCCGAGGCGUUGCGUAAGAGAGAGGAGAUCGCGGUCGGAAAACGACAUCUGGAAUUCGCCAGCGGAGCCAAUCUACAGAUCGUUGACGAUCCGGCCCGAGAUCUAGAGCUGCCCAAGCCCGAAGAUGGGGACCCUGCUGCAGAGACUUCGAGCGCACCGACAAGGCGGCGACGACGCCAAUCCCCCUCCCCCUCCGCCUCCGACCGUCCAUCAGUUCGAGCCCGUACUGAUGCGGGCCUUCGGGCUUCGUCCCCGAUCAUUAUCCCGCCUUCCCCUUGAUCAUCUCACCCUCCGCCAAAUCACCACUCGCGUCACCUUCCCCCGUAACCCCUUCCCCAUCGAUACCCUCCGAUUCUUCUACGCU